CAGUGCAGUGAUCGGUGGGAUGCUGUGUCCCUGGGACUCAGCGGAUCACCAUCAGAGGGGACAUGUACACUGAUCAUCAGGGCACAGAUGAUCAAUGUGCCCUGAUGAUCAGUGUAGCCCAUCAGUACCAUCUGUCAGUGUCCAUCAAUGCUACCUGUCAGUGCCCAUCAAUGCCACCUGCCAGUGCUUAUCAGUGCCACAUCAAUGCCACAUAUCAGUGCCCAUCUGAGCUGCCUUUCAGUGCCACCUAUCAGUGCCAGUCACUGCCACCUAUCAGUGCCGCCUAUCAGUGCCAGUCAGUGCCACCUAUCAGUGCCACCUAACUGUGCCAGUCAGUACUGCCUAUCAAUGCCAGUCAGUG